AUGCCUCCUGAGAAUAUGUUUGUUGACCACGAUUAUAUCUACGACGCGUUUGUGGCCUAUACGUCUGACGAGUACGAAUGGAUCAUCCAGCAAUUGCGACCAAGACUUGAAUUAGUGGACGAUCCGGCCCGGCUCUGUAUUCACGACAGAGAUUUCAUCCCUGGGAAACCGAUUCAUGAAAAUAUCGUCGAUAAAAUGAAGGAGAGUCGAAAGAUUUUGCUAAUCAUCAGUCCGGAUUUCUGGAAUCUCGAUUCGGUCCCUCUGGAAAUCGAGUACGCCGGCAUGAAGUGUCUAGAGGAAGGCAGAGAUGACACCAUACUGUGCGUUCUAAUGGAGGAAAUUCCAGUUCGCCAAAUGCCGAGAGCACUGAGAAAUCUCUGGCACAAGAUCACCUUUCUGAAAUGGAGCGAUAAUCCGGAUGCACAGUUAAUUUUCUGGAGAAAUCUAAGGCCUGCUAUAAACCCAGUUUAA